AUGAGUAUCACGUCGUCUAAAUCCGAACAAUCAAGGGCUUCUGUAAAAUCCCUAAAAAUCAAUACUAAAAGAGAUUCUACUAUUGAAGAAUCUGUGAAAACCUAUCAACUUUUGGAAGCUCUUCGUUCAGAUACAACUGUACUUUCAUCAAUUUUGUCCAAUUAUAAUCCACAAGUCUUAACGUCACCAACUUCAAUUUCCGGAGAUAUUAAUCAUGCCAUACCACCUUCACCUCUUAUACUCGCUGUUCAAUGUGCUACAAUGACUACUAUUGAAUUUAUUAUUACAAAUUUUUCUCAUAUUAUUGAUGUUAAUCAAAGAGAUCAACAGGGAAAUACUGCAUUACAUCAUGCUUCAAAAUCUGGAAGAAUAGACGUUCUUGAAUUAUUAUUAAAACAAAAAUAUAUUAAUGAUACUAUAACAAAUAAUGAUGGUAAACAACCUUUAGAAGUUACUAAAAAUCGUGAUGUUAUUAAAAAUAGAUCCAAUUUUGCUGAACGUACUUCAAAUCUAUUUCAACAAUAUGUUGCUGAUUCAAAUUAUGUUGGAAUUCAAAGUCUUUUUCAAGAUCCUCGUGCAGCUGCCUUGGUUAAUAUUAAUCAUAUUGAUUCUGUUAGUGGUUCAACUCUUUUACAUGAUGUUGCUCGAAAAAAAGAUUUAGAAAUGGUACAAUUUUGUUUGGAUCAUGGUGCUGACGUUUCAAUUAGAGAUCGUAAAGGUAAAUUUCCCAUUGAUGUGACUAAAGAGGAUAAAAUAAAAGCUUUACUUAAACAAGGUGCUCCUGCAACAAGUCUUGUCAUUGCUUCUUUACCUAAUCAACCACCAAUGUUAAAAGGUUAUUUGCAUAAGUGGACAAAUUAUGCUGGUGGUUAUAAGAGUCGGUGGUUUGUACUUGAAAAUGGCAUGUUAUCGUAUUUUAAAAAUCAAGAUGAUGCUGGAAAUUCAUGUCGUGGUUCAAUCAAUAUGAAAAUAGCAAAAAUUUCUGUUGAUAGUACUGAUAGACUUAGAUUUGAUAUUAUUGGUAAAGGUUCUGUAAGAUAUCAUUUACGUGCUAAUAAUCCUAGUGAAGCAAAAAAAUGGGUAAUCGCGUUAACACAAUCAUCAGAAAACGAUAGAGGUCGUAGACAAAGUAUUAUUGAUGAUUCUGUUAGUGAUGAAACUAGAGUUAGUCGAAGUCUUCAUAAAUCCGAUUCUCAUGCUGAUACUUUAACUUCUGCUGAUUCCGAUCGUGAUCGUUCAAGAUCUCCAUCAAAUCAAUCAAUUGAUUUAGAACAUAUUCCUAGUGAUGAUACUUAUCGUGUAACCAUAAAAUCUACUAUAAUAGAUACUUUUUCUCAAUCAAUUAAAACUCUUCACAAUCUUGUUGAUGAUGUUCUUCGUAUGACUGAAGAACGUGAUGCAUAUUGGAAUAAAAAAUUGGAAAAGGAAUUAGAAGCUAAAAGACUCUGGGAAGAAAGUAUGCGUUUACUUGCUAUGGAAAAAUCGGAAAUGGAAAAACUUAUACAACAAAAUGUUCAAGAACAAAAGAUGAGAAAAAGGCAAUUAAAAGCCGCUCUUGCUGAGAGUCAACUUAAUUCUCCUUCCAGUCCUUCACGUUUAUCUUCUAAUGAUAUUUUUGAUGCUUCAUUUAAAUCUGAUGAUUCUUCUAAUGUACCUGAUUCUUUUGGUCAAAGAGUUUCAAUGGAACAAGCUACUUCAAUAUUAUCAAUGUUAGCUGAGGAUUAUGAUUCUGAUGAAUUUUAUGAUGCCAUGGAUAAUUGUGAAGAAUCUCAAGAUGUUGUUAAAUUAGAUGAUUCAGGUGUUACAUUAAAUGUUUCUACUCCUUACAUUUCCAAUUCAUAUUAUGGUUAUCCUGAUUAUAUUCGAGAUCAACUUCCACUUGAUCAAUCUUCACGUCCUGAUGUUUCUUUAUGGGCUAUUUUAAAGAAUUCAAUUGGAAAAGAUUUAAGUAAAAUUACAUUACCUGUAUAUUUUAAUGAUCCAACUUCAAUGUUACAACGUAUGGCUGAAGAUAUGGAAUAUAGUGAUCUUUUAGAUCUAGCUGCUCGACAAAAAAGAAGUACUGAAAGAAUUUUAUAUGUUGCUGCUUUUGCAAUGAGUAAUUAUUCUAGUACUGUUGGUCGUAUUGCUAAACCUUUUAAUCCGUUAUUGGGUGAAACUUAUGAAUAUGUUAGACGUGAUAAAGCUUUUCGAUAUGUUUCAGAACAAGUUAGUCAUCAUCCGCCAAUAAGUGCAUGUUAUUGUGAAUCCGCAAAUUAUGAUUUUUUUGCUGAAGUAGACGUUAAAUCAAAAUUCUGGGGAAAAUCAUUUGAAAUUCAUCCACAAGGUGUAUCACAUGUUAGACUAAAAGUAUUAAAAGAUUAUUGGCCAAGUCACGUAGAUGGAACACCAGAUUCAUUUAUUGCUACUGGAAAUCCAAAUGCAUUUUCCGAGCAUUAUUCAUGGAAAAAAGUUACGACCUGUGUAAACAAUUUAAUAUUAGGAACUCCAUGGAUUGAUCAUUAUGGAGAUAUGAUUAUUACUAAUCAUUUAACGGGUGAUAUUUGUGUUUUAACAUUUAAAGCUCGAGGAUGGAGAGGAAAAGAUGCUUUUGAAAUUAAAGGAUAUGUUAAAGAUUCAAAUGGUAAAGAAGUAUGGGAAAUUGCCGGAAGAUGGAAUGAAAGAUUAGUAGCAAGAAGGAGUGAUGAAAGUUUAUUAACCACCAAUGAUGAUUUAGGUAAUGCUUACACCACAAUUAAUGAAACUCCGGUAGAUGAAAUAUUAGUACCAUCACCAACACAUUCUACGACUUCAAUAAAUACAAGACCAAUAUAUUUAUUAUGGAAACGAAAUCCAUUACCUGAUGAACCUUUACCAUUUAAUCUUACAAAAUUUGCUGUUACACUUAAUGAUUUACCUGAUAGUUUAGUAAAUUGGAUUGCUCCUACAGAUAGUAGAUUUCGACCUGAUCAACGUGCAAUGGAAAGUGGUUUAUACGAUGUAGCUAGUUCUGAAAAAAUAAGAUUAGAAGAAAAACAACGAACAAAAAGAAAAAAGAGGGAAAAUGGUCUUUUAAUUGAACAUGAACCUAGGUGGUUUACUCGUGAUAUUGAACCUGAUACAGGUGAAAAAUAUUGGAAAUUUAAUUAUGAAUAUUGGAAAGAAAGAGAACGAGCUGGAAAAGAGAAAUUUGAAGGAACUGGUGAAGGGAAAUGGAAUAUUGCUGAUGAUGAUAUUUUUUAA